AUGUCCGCCCUCCGCCUCACCUCGUCCUUCCGCGCCGCUACCCGCUCGGUCGCCGCCGCCCGUGUCGCGCGCAGGACCUACGCCGACGUCGCGGACGGCGCGCUCAAGCUCUCGCUUGUCCUCCCCCACCAGGCCAUCUACUCGGCCUCGGGUGUCACCCAGGUCAACAUCCCCGCCUCGACCGGUGACAUGGGUAUCCUCGCCAACCACGUUGCCUCGAUCGAGGCUCUCCGCCCCGGUGUUGUGGAGGUCAUCGAGGAGGGUGGCAAGGUCAACAAGUGGUUCGUCUCGACCGGCUUCGCCACUGUCCACGGCAACAACUCGCUCACCAUCAACGCCGUCGAGGCCUACCCCCUUGAGCAGUUCUCGCUUGAGGCUGUCCGUGCUGGCCUCGCCGAGGCCAACAAGGUCAUUGCCUCGUCCGCCCCCGAGGCCGAGAAGGCCGAGGCCAAGAUUGAGCUUGACGUCUUCGAGGCCCUCCAGGCUGCCCUUGCCAAGUAG